GGUAACGCUAGCAUCGCCACCCGGAAGUUCAAUUUCGAAAUGUUUCUCAGAGCUUUUCAACGAAAAUGUAUGAGUUUUGGGCUUAAUAUGUUAUGACCGGCCAUGAUAAUGGAGUCUGGGCGCACAUCAGCAUACGGCAAUAACACCAAUGUAGAUUUUACACAAAGCACUGAUGAUGACCCUCUCAUUGAUGGACCACUCGUAUCCCAAGAUGCACUUGAGUCGGCAAUCAAGAGAGAGUUUCAGACGUUAAGCACUCACUGGGCAGUGGGUGUCCUCUCAUUUUUACACGUGGUUUAUGUGGUGGUGUGUAUCGUAAUCACAGUAUUUUGCUGGAUAUCUGAUGAACACACAUCUGAGUGCACUGCAGCAUUAAAUGGGAUCGACUCCAAAACCGUGGUGUUACUGGGAAAAGUUGCUCUCUGGGUGGUCGUCUUUAUAUAUGAUCGAGUUAUCCAGCGCCGCCACAGCGCAGUGAGACGGAAAGGUUAUCUGGACUUUUACAGGACGACCAGAGGAAUAAAAAGCCUUCCGCUACUCAUUCACUCUGCAGGAAAUGCAGCAAUCCUGACUGUAAUUGCUCCAUCCUCACUGCUGGAUGCAAAUGUGAAGAAUCUGUCUGUGUAUCUUCUGUUGGCCAUCAUCUGUUUGGAGCUUCUGCUGACAAUCAUAUGCUUGCUUAGAUAUACAGUGCAUGUGGUGAAGUUUAAUAGUAAGAAGCCACAUCCUGAUGUGACUGAAGAGGAGAGAUCUUACGGCUGCUCCAGCGACGCACACACAGAGACGGGCUUCAGAGACGGCUCCAGUCUGGAGGAUGUGGUGGAGAAGCAGGCGGACCUGAUUGAUUAUCUGAAACAGCACAACAGCGUUUUGAGCCGCAGGAUCCUGACACUGACCGGCCAGCAGAUCAGAGCCUGACUCCUGGACACACUCACUCUCUCAUGGCUGACUGUGCGUAUGAUGGGCUCUGAAUGGUUGCGUGUGAACGUGAGAGCGCGUCUAUCUAGACUGGCAUCGGCAGCCAUGGCUCACUGAUCAGAAGGCUUUUGAGGGGAAACGAACCCUGGUAACCUCUCUAAUGACAAGUUGGGGUAAACAAUGGCCACAAUUAGAAAGUCAGAAACCUCCGCUGUCGAAAAUGUUGACUGGAGAUGCUCAUUGUGAGUAAGAUUUGAUCAGAGCUAAAGCUUUGUCGUCUAACUUCUGCUCAUCUGAGUGGGUUUAUGUGCGAGAAGAAAUGUGUUCGUUAGUUGUGUGCUUCAUUUCCGUUCUUUAGUGCAUCAUUUGUGUUUUGGGUUUGUUGAUCAGUGUUGGAGCCGCUGGGGAAACGCAUUAGUGCUAAUACUGGAUGUCACAGAUUUUGAACCGCUGAGUUUUUAUCUAAACUAAUGUGAAUAAAACGAAUGAAUCUUGUUUUUGAAAUAAAAUUGAACAGAUUUUAUUGAAUUGGGUAGAUUGAGUUUUGUCAAGAUAAAGAAAUAUAGUGAAAAACAGUGUGAGUGUGUUUCUAGGUUUUUCAGAAUUAGAUCUUUAUUCAUGUUGGUUACAAAUGUUUUUCUUGUGUCAGUUUUAAAUUGAAUCACGUGGUGUUGCAAAGAGCAAUUAAUAUUUUUUUUGCAUCUUGAAUAUAUAGAUGAAGUCAGAAUUAUUAGCCCCCCUUUGAAUUUCUUUUUCUUUUUGAAGUAUUUCCAAAAUGAUGUUUAACAGAACAAGGACAUUUUCACAGUAUGUCUGAUAAUAUUUUUUCUUCUGGAGAAAGCCUUAUUUUUUAUUUCGGCUAGAAUAAAAGCAAGUUUUAAUUUUUAUGAACCAUUUUAAGGUCAAUUAUUAGCCCUUUUAAGCUAUAUAUUUUUCAAUAGUCUACAGAACAAGCCACCGUUAUACAAUAACUUGCCUAAUUACCCUAACCUGCCUAGUUAACCUAAGAAACCUAGUUAAGCCUUUAAAUACCACUUUAAGCUGUAUAGAAGUGUCUUGAAAAAUAUCUAAGAUAUUAUGAUGUUUAGAAAUGUGUUGAAAAAAAAAUCUUCUCUCAGUUAAAGAGAAAUUGGGGAGAAAAAAAUAAACGGGGCUAAUAAUUCAGGGGGGCUAAUAAUUCUGAAUUCAACUAUAUAUUAAAGGUGCAGUAGGGGAUUGUCUUCAGAAACAUGUUUUGUUGUGCUGGUUGAAAAUCUCUUCACAUUCCAAUAGUAAUGAUUAAAGUAAAUAAUCUAAA